AUGCUUAGCUUGCUUCCAUUAUCAGCGAACAAUGGGUUGAACGGCCCUUUGCCCACAGAACUUACAAGUCUUCCAGCACUGGAAGAAAUAGACUUUAUGGGGAAUCAACUGACAGGAACGGUUCCGAGCAUAUAUGGUAGCUUCCCUUCUCUUGCUGUACUGCGACUAGGCAGCAAUCAUCUCCCUGGAACUAUUCCAUUGGACUUGUUUGUUGGAAACCUCUCCUACUUGUCUCUUUCAAAUAAUUCACUAACAGGGACCGUCCCCACAGAAGUUGGACUCUUUAAUGGGACGUGGCUUGGAUUUGGUUCAAACAGCUUGUCUGGUUCCAUUCCUACAGCUCUCUUUCAGGCUGGCAAAGGAAUCCAAUUUUUGUUUUUUAAUGACAAUAAGCUUACAGGAACUCUACCCACUGAAAUUGGAGCAUUGAACCAACAAAAUCUACUCCGCAUCUUUCUGAAUGGGAACCCUUUACACGGAACGAUUCCAUCUGAAAUAGGACUUCUGAAAGACGCUCUCAGAGAACUUGAUAUCAGUUGGACCAAUAUGGAUGGCUCCCUACCAGAGGAACUCUUUACGAAAUGUACCAACUCAGUUUUUCUUGGGUUCUCCAACUGUGACUUGACUGGCACCAUAAGCAGUGGACUGCAGCUUUUGACACGCCUAGAAACCUUUGACAUUUCCAACAGCAAGUUUCAUGGCACCAUCCCAACAGAGCUUUCCUCUCUGACAGAAUUACGCCAGUUCAUUGUGAAUGGGAACGACCUUUCUGGUUCCAUUCCAUUGUCUGUCUGCACUCUGGCAGACCCUAUCAAGGGCACAUUUGAAGUGGCAGCUGACUGUUUGCCAAGGGAUGGCCCAGGUGAACCCAUGAAGCGGAUUGGUUGGCAGCAUCGUCAAUGGAAACGCCGAGAUUGGAGAUUGCUACCAUACCGAGUGGAACGAUCACUUUCCGCCGACGACACCUCAGGACGAGGCGGCUGUGCCGUUGACGACCACGUUUUUCGCUGCUACAACGGAGGCCUCGAUGAAAAGUACAAAGACACAGGUUAUCCCAUAGAACUGCUUUUCACCGUCAAGGCUAGAGUCGUUCGCCAUUGUGCGGAUCUGACGGAACGUUCUGAUUCCUGCACCAUCACUGUCGAAGGGGGGUCUUUCCACCCGGCCCUCAAACCUACAGCUACAAUGUACAUCCCGGGUAUGUUUGAGGAGAACAAGAACAAUCCUAACCAAUCAUUUCUUCGCCUUGCCUACGACGAAUCCCGAUGUGAGCAUCAUCCCAGCUUGGCAAACUCCGAGAGUAGAAGGUUGAGCGACUACCACACUGCUGAAACUUUGGCUCCAGACGACGGAAAUAAUGACGAACCCGUCGAAGCCACCAUCGGCCCCAUUCAUCAAACGUUUCGAUUCUCCUGGUUCCAGGGACGCGGUCGCCAACCCAUGGACGACGAGAUUGGUCUGCUACUUCAAAAGACAAGGCUCUUUUUAGAGAGCCAGUGGCGAGCAGAUACCAUCUUUGGGGACAAACUGGUUCGUUCGUAUGGCACCGAUGUUACCGACUCCUACUCGAGCGACACACCCGAUUUGUUUGUCCUUUCUCUCACCUCUGAGCUUGUAGUGUAUGAGCCUGUGGCACGUUACAUGGCAUCCCGGGCAGCGAGUGCGAUUUCGAACAAGGUUCUCAAUGAAUUCAUUAGCGAAUACACUGUAUGUGAGGACGGCAGGAGGCGUUUGGGUCAUCGAGAAAGUUCGAUGCUUUGCUUGCCUUGA